AUGAUGCGUGGAGGUUUAUCGUCCCGCGCUAGGCGGUCGCCCCGCUCCGACAACGCCAGCGACCUAGGGCACCCGCUGUCGUCCACCGAUGCAGUCGGCGGAGGGGCUGCGGGCUCCCCACCGCGUUCCCAACAUUCUCCGGCAGUGGUGGCACUGUCCCCCUCCACCCCCACUGCUUCGUCACCGCCCCGGGUGGUGUCCUCCAUGGUCAACAUUCCUACUGAGGCCUUCGACUCCGACUUCGACACCCAGACGGAGACGAACCUGGACGAUGACUACCGGUGGGCUGCAUAUACAAGGUGGACUCAUCAUGGGAAAUCUGCAAUUGAUGCGAAUGUAGAGUUUUCAGAGCAGGUGCAUCCACAUGAAUAUGAUGGGAUUUGGGAAUCUCACCAAUAUGAUGGGAUUCAUGUUUCUGAGGAACCCAAUGUUGGUAACCAAGAAUUCCCAGAUCUGGAGAUAAUAUCAGAAUUGUAUGCAGCCGUAGAGGAGGAUGGACAGGUACCAAAUUUUACUAGGGUGCUCAAAGAUUUGAAGCGGACGCUUUGCCCAAGAUCUAGCCACUCAAGAUUCUCCUUUCUUGUGAGGCUGCUUCGGAUCAAGUCGCGCUACCGAAUCAGCAAUACAACAUUCAAUGCAAAAUUGAAGCUGUUGUCCUCAGUAUUCCCUGCCUCCAAAUUACCUUCAACAUAUGAUGAAGCAAAUAAGUAUCUUCGUGAACUGGGCCUUGGAUACAACGAGAUCCAUGUGUGCCAUAAUAACUGUGUGUUGUUCAGGAAGACGUAUGCCAACUUGGAUGCCUGCCCAAAAUGCAAACAAUCUAGAUGGGAAGACAAGGAUGGUAAACGUGUUCCUCAGAAAGUUUUGAGGCAUUUCCCCUUAAUCCCAAUGUUCAAGAGGAUGCUCGGUUCAAGCCGAACAGCUAAUGACCUCCAGUGGCAUAGGACGAGGCGCGUACCGGUUGAGGGCCAAAUGAGCCAUCCUGCAGAUGGGAAGGCAUGGAAGCACUUCGACGACAAGUACAAUUGCACGACCUACAGCAUGUGGCCAGUGCUUGUUAUGCCCUUAAAUCUUCCACCAUGGGAAUGUGUGAAUCCUGCAAACUGCUUCAUGUCUUUACUGAUCCCAGGUCCAAAAUCUCCAGGAAAAUAUUUUGAUGUAUUCUUGGAGCCUCUUAUAGAAGAACUUCUUCAGCUCUGGAGUGGCAUCAUGACAUAUGAUGCUGCCAGUCGAACGAAGUUCGACCUGCACGCAGCUGUGCUUUGGAGCAUAAAUGACUAUCCCGCAUUAGGCACCCUGUCAGGUCAAACUACAAAAGGUUAUUAUGCACGUGUUCAUUGCGACAAAAACCCAUUGUCACGGAGACUAAAGAAUAAGUUAGCGUACAUUGGCCACCGUCAUUACCUGCCAAAGGAUCAUGAUUGGCGGAAACAUAAAACGAAGUUCGAUGGGAACACCGAGGAGCAGGAGGCACCUAGAAAUUUCACUGCAGAGGAGGUUGCAGAGCUACUACAAAGGGUGAGCCAUGUCCAGCCAGGUGUACAAGACACAGGGCUCAAGAGAAAGCAUGGUGACAAAGGAGAGCGGGUAAUUUAUAACCGCAAAGCUGGGUGGUGGAAGCUGCUGUAA